AUGGAGAAGCAAAGCAUAGAAGAAGGGGUGUUGCCAGAUAGGGAAGGAGGGAAAUGGAACACAAAGUUGGGUGUUUUUGUUCAAGAACUGAAGAAGGUGAGCCAUAUAGCAGCACCAAUGGUGAUAGUUACAAUGUUGCAGUACCUGUUGCAGGUUGUAUCGGUAAUGAUGGUCGGACAUCUUGGUCAGCUCGCGCUAUCCAGUGUCGCCAUUGCCACGUCUCUAACUAAUGUCACCGGCUUCAGUCUUCUUUCCGGCCUGGUUGGUGGUUUGGAGACUCUUUGUGGGCAGGCAUAUGGUGCAAAACAGUACCGCAAGCUUGGUGUCUAUACCUACACUGCAAUAGUCUCGUUGAUUAUGGUUUGCACUCCCGUAUGUGUUCUGUGGAUUUUCAUGGACAGACUGCUUAUUUUUCUGAAACAAGACCCUUCAAUCUCAGUCGAAGCGCAAAAGUAUUCAAUUUGGCUCAUCCCUGCACUGCUUGGGGCUGCAAUUUCUAAGCCUCUAGUAAGAUACCUGCAGAGUCAAAGCCUGAUUUUACCAAUGCUCAUAAGCUCCUGUGCUGUACUAUUUUGCCACAUAUUUGCGAGUUGGGCUCUGAUAUAUAAGUUAGACCUGGGAACAGUUGGUGCAGCCGUGGCUUUCUGUCUGUCAAAUUGGUUAUACGUUGUUCUGCUUUCAUUUUACAUCAAAUUCUCGACAUCCUGUAAGAACACGCGUGUGCCUUUCUCAGUCGAGGCCUUUCGAAGUAUUGGGAUAUUCUUUCGCCUAGCAAUUCCUUCUGCUGUGAUGGUUUGUCUUAAAUGGUGGUCACUCGAAGUGCUUAUUCUGCUAUCUGGCCUUUUACCAAAUCCAAAGCUUGAAACAUCAGUACUCUCAAUAUGCCUAACAAUUUCAACAUUGCACUUCACUAUUCCAUACGGGUUUGGAGCUGCUGCAAGUACUCGUGUUUCAAACGAAUUAGGAGCCGGGAAUCCACAAAAGGCACGAGUGGCAGUUUCCGUUAUCAUGUUUCUGGCUGUCAUAGAAACAGUUACAGUAAGCAUAGUUCUGUUAUUCUUCCGCCACAUUUUAGGCCGUGCUUAUAGCAACGAGAAGCAAGUGGUAGAUUAUAUUGGUGCUAUGAUUCCCUUUAUUUGCCUCUCAAUUGUUACAGAUAGCCUACAAGCUGUUAUCUCAGGAAUUGCAAGGGGAAGUGGAUGGCAACAUAUUGGGGCAUAUAUCAACUUAGGGGCGUUUUAUAUAGUUGGAAUUCCAGUAGCUGUGGCAUUAGGUUUUACUCUUCAUUUAAAAGCAAAGGGAUUUUGGAUUGGGAUAGUUAUUGGUUCAGUACUGCAAUCAACUAUUCUUUCCCUUGUAACAGCCUUCACAGAUUGGCAAAAUCAGGCAAUUAAGGCAAGGGAAAGGUUAUCAGAAGGCAUUGCCAGUGGAAGAGAAUGA